AAUGAAAGCCGACAGUAGCAGUGUUUCAACUUCCUCAACAUCAUCAGAAAAGUUGGAAGAAACUCGUCCUUCUGUAUUAGUACGAAGAAUUGAUGACAAUAAUGAAGUAGAGGAAGGGGGCACAACUUCCUCAACACAAACAACAACAUCUACAUCAACCACUACAACAACUAGUACAACUUCAACUUCUGAUGUUUCUUCUGCUGUUAUUAAUAGUGGAACGAGAACGGCUGAUUUGGACAGACAAAUCGAAACCUUAAUGCGUUGUGAAUGUCUCAGCGAACAAGAAGUCAAGGUUCUCUGUGCUAAAGCUCGUGAAAUCCUCAUGCAAGAAGGGAAUGUUCAACGGAUAGAUGCGCCCGUCACAAUUUGUGGCGACGUCCAUGGCCAAUUUCACGAUUUAAUGGAACUUUUCCGUGUUGGUGGCCAAGUCCCCGAAACAAAUUAUCUUUUUCUUGGAGAUUUUGUGGAUCGUGGAUUUUACUCUGUUGAGACGUUUUUGCUCCUUUUGGCUUUAAAAAUUCGUUAUCCUGAUAGAAUGAUGCUAAUUAGAGGAAACCAUGAGUCUAGACAAAUUACUCAAGUUUAUGGAUUUUAUGAUGAGUGUCUUCGAAAAUAUGGUUCAGCUGUUGUUUGGCGUUGUUGUACAGAAGUAUUUGACUGUUUAAGUUUAUCAGCUGUAAUAAAUGGAAGAAUCUUUUGUGUUCACGGUGGAUUAUCACCAAGCAUUCAAACAAUUGACCAAAUUCGUACAAUUGACAGAAAACAAGAGGAUUCUGUUGGUUUUGGUGUAAGUCCUCGUGGUGCUGGAUAUUUAUUUGGCUCCGACGUUGUAAAAAAUUUUUGUGAGACGAAUAAUAUUGACAUGAUUGCUAGAGCACAUCAAUUAGUAAUGGAAGGAUAUAAAUGGCAUUUUAAUGAAACGGUACUCACAGUUUGGUCAGCCCCAAAUUAUUGUUAUCGUUGUGGAAAUGUGGCAGCUAUAUUAGAAUUGGAUGAGCAAUUAAAUAAAGACUUUACUAUUUUUGAAGCUGCUCCACAGGAUAAUCGUGGUGCUCCAGCCAAAAAGCCUCAACCAGACUAUUUUCUCUGA